UUUUUUUGGCUCCCAAGAGAAUGGCUCAGGUCUUUCUGAAUUAUCAGAAGAGGAAGUGAAAAAUUCCCCUGACACCAAGAUUUGCUUUUCAUUGCUCAGGUUUCAAUCCUGAGCGAGUAGCUGCAAGACGAGGAAGAAACUUGGUGAAGAUUUUUUUGUUUUUAGAAAUUGAGAGGAAAGAAGUAAGCGGAUCUUCCCCAAUCCCAGCAAAGUCUCUUCGCUUUUAUCUUGUUCAAAGGGCUUGAAGGAUGAGUUUGGAAAUGACAGAUAAUGAAGAAAAUAGCUUUCAAGGAUUUGUGAAUGCAUAACAGGGGACAGGAGGAAAAAAAAAGGUGAAGAAAUUGAAGCUGGCAAGUCAGUAUGGGGAACUGCUGCCAGAAGAAUUGUGCCAGUCUGGAGUCCUACGUGCUCUGGCUUUUCAAAGUUUGUGAUUGCAGGUCAGGAGGUAAGACGGUGUCAGGCGAUGAUACAAAUGGCUCUCCGGUAGGACCACCGAUAUCACUCCCACUCAGAACAGUAGAUCAGACCUGCAGAUUUGUUGCUUUGUUUCCUUACCAAGCCCGGACUGAAGAUGAUCUGAGUUUUCAACCUGGAGAUAAGCUUGAAGUGCUGGAUACCUCUCAGGAGGGCUGGUGGUUUGCCAAACUGCUUGUGGAGAAUGGUCUUGCCAGACCUGGACAAAAGCUGCAAGGCUAUAUCCCAGCGAACUAUAUUGCACCUGACCAGAGUAUUGAAGCUGAACCGUGGUUUUUUGGAGCUAUGAAACGAGCAGAUGCUGAGAAACAACUCCUUUAUCAUGAGAAUGAGACAGGAGCCUUCCUAAUCAGAGAGAGUGAAAGUCAAAAGGGUGAAUUUUCCCUUUCAGUUUGGGAUGGAGCAACUGUGAAGCACUACCGAAUCAGAAAGAUGGACCAUGGUGGUUUUUUUCUGACACGGAGGGCAACAUUUCACACUUUGAAUGCUUUUGUCAAGCACUACAGUAAAUCCAGCGAUGGGCUGUGUGUAAGGCUUGGGAGGCCUUGCAUUAAGACAGAAGUCCCAACACCAUAUGAUUUAUCAUAUCAAACUGUAGAUCACUGGGAGAUUGAUCGGAAUUCUCUACAACUUUUAAAAAGAUUGGGUUCUGGGCAAUUUGGCGAGGUCUGGGAAGGAUUAUGGAAUAACAGAACACCAGUGGCAGUUAAAACAUUAAAACCAGGUUCAAUGGAUCCAAAAGACUUCCUCAGGGAGGCACAGAUAAUGAAGAAUUUGAGACACCCUAAGCUUAUACAGCUCUAUGCUGUUUGCACUUUACAGGAUCCAAUUUAUAUUGUUACAGAGCUGAUGAGACAUGGGAGUCUGCUAGAAUAUCUCCAAAAUGAUGCAGGUUCCAGAAUCCAUGUGCCAGAACAGGUAGAUAUGGCAGCUCAAGUGGCCUCUGGAAUGGCUUACCUGGAAUCCCAAAAUUACAUCCACAGAGAUUUGGCAGCAAGGAAUGUCCUGGUUGGUGAGCACAAUGUUUACAAAGUGGCAGAUUUUGGACUUGCACGGGUUUUUAAGGUAGAAAAUGAAAAUGUCUAUGAAGCCAAACAUGAAACAAAGCUCCCAGUGAAAUGGACGGCUCCUGAAGCAAUUCGCUCGAAUAGGUUUAGCAUUAAAUCCGAUGUCUGGUCUUUUGGAAUACUCAUUUUUGAAAUAAUCACUUAUGGAAAAAUGCCCUAUGCAGGUCUGAUGGGUUUUCAAGUGCUCCAGAAACUGGAUCAAGGGUACAGAAUACCUCAACCAGCUAAUUGUCCUCUAGAGUUGUACAACAUUAUGCUACAGUGUUGGAACGUCGAACCCAAUGAACGACCAACCUUUGAAACCUUGCACUGGAGAUUAGAAGAUUAUUAUGACAUGGAUUCCACAUCUUAUGCAGAUGCAAAUACUUUUAUAGAUUGAAUGAAUACAUAUUGCUACUGCUCAAGAACAACUUUCCUUUAGGAAUUUUUAAAAAUCAUUUCAAGUCAAAGUUGUAGAAUGAAGAUAAAUUUAUCUGUGUACAUGUGUGUGUGUGUGUGUGUACAUAUACAUAUAUGCACACACAUACAAAUACACACCCAUACACAUAGGUGCAUACUCUCUGCACUGGGACUAGAAGAAAGAAAACCUUUUUUGUAAGAAUAAUGCAUUUGUUAGGCUAUUACAUGCUACAUCAAACAAAAGCUGCUAUUUUCACCAAAGUAACUGUGAGAUCAAUCUAACCUCAGAGUAGAUAAAUGGUGAGCUUAAAAUAGUGGCGAAUGCCAAGGAAUGUGUGUUUAUUAAAAUCUGUGACAUUAUGCCACAGUCUUGAUGGCAGUCAUUUGUACUGUCAGAUUAAGAAUACUGAAACAGGCAGGAUCUUUUUCUCUCUCUCUGCUGUACAAUGAAGUUAUUCUUCUAUUUAUUAUUUAAACAAAAGAUAGUAAAGAACACAAAUCAUAAACAGCCGCCACACAAGAGGCGUUGUAACACUAGUUUUAAUACUUCAGAAUGAUUAUGCAUUAUUCUCCAGAUUCCACAAGUAAUCUGUUAAAUCACAUUGAUUUGUUUUUAUGAAAGUAUGUGAUUGUGCUUAUGGAUAAUCUAUCCAUAAAAAUGCUUUGUCUCCUUUUCUAUACAUAUUUCUAUACAUAUUUCCCUUUUCUAUACAUAUACUGCAGCUACAAUUCUGGCCAUCCUGAAUUAGAGGUUGGGAUUGCACCCAUGCAAUGGAUAUGUAUUUACUUUAGGGAAAAAAAGAGAGUUUACCUGGGGAAACACAAUCUGCACAGAUAAUGGGCUUCUUUUGCAGUCAAGUGAUGCGCUUCAGUUCAUAAAUAUAGUCUUUGUAAUUUUAUAACAAUCAAAUAGUACACAACUGUAUAUGCAUUAGAGUGCCAGCCUCUACUUCUUUUAACAGGCUCUCAAUAAGGAUCAGCUGCCUCCAAGCAGUGAUUUCAAAUAAUUCUGUCAACCAAUUUUCUGAUAUAGAUGGAUUUCUGUUUUUAUUUGUCUGAUCAUGGACCACAAUGCUGAUUGUAUUGGGGCCACUCAUCCUUUUUAUGAAAUGCCUGCUUGAGGUACUUAGAUUGUACUUCUAGGAAUGUAAAAAAAAUCUAAAUGUAAAACAUUGGCAUGUUAAAUAAAACUCCAGAUAGAAGUACUAUUUGUUAGACAUCUAGCUUAUUUUUUUUCAUUGUGCAUUCUUUUAGUUUGUCUUAUUGAGAACCAUGCUGCCAGUUAUUUUUGGCAAAUCAUUUUCUAUAAAUGGCAAAUCCAUGAAAGUCUACUUUUUGACACUAAAAAAAGAAAGUAUAUUCUACUUUCUUGAGAUUGUGUAUAACUUCUACAGGUAUUAUCAGAGAUCAGACUUGCGUGUUGGAAGCAUCACCCUUUGAUAUGGUAAUAAAAAUCACUUGCAGUAAAAAUAAAAUAUAGAUUGAAAUCUUCCUCUCACAUUAGCUACAUUUAUCUUUUAUAAUAAUAACUUUAUACUAAACAAUUCUUUUAUGAUGAACAAAUCUCUUCUAAAUGUGACAUCAUUCAAUGAACUUGAUUUCUGAAGCCUUGGAUGUAAAUCUAAGGUUCUACAUUUCAAUUUUUUACUGGGGUCACUGAAAAAAGAACGCCAGUCAGUUAUUUGGAGAGGGACAAGACUACUCAGUACAAUGCCAAUGCGGAGAAGGUGGCAUAACACCAGUAAAGCCAUUAUCUAUGAACAAAAAAUGUCACUGGUUUGCUUUGUUUCUUUUCUGCUGUGGUGCUAGGAAAGGUACCACUAUCGGCAACUGCAUAUUCAGUUUUACACCAUUCUAAAAAAAAAUAAAAUUGUCCUCCAUUCUCAAUAUUGUAUCAAAGAGAUGUAUUUAAUUGGCAGUGAGAAACUGCUUAUAAAAAUGUAGCCUUACUCACAUAAAUUGUUGAAUGUACUCGUGCUAUAUUU